AUGGAUGCGUCUCUGGUCCUUCUUCAAUAUGUGGCGGAGUUUGUUACGGCAGCUGACCAUCUGCAGCCAAAUGAUAUUCGAAUCGUAGGCUGUGACAACGAAGAUGGCGUCCAGCUAAACAGAAAACUCCGCAGAACCGGAACUGACUGGGUUGUCGUGGAGCACAAAAGUGUGGCUGCCUACAACGCUCAUCGUUCUCAAAUCCUGGAUCUUGCCAGAGGUGGAGGGAAUGAGCCAAAGAGGGCGAAACGAGGAGAGCCAGCUUUGCGAUCCUCUCGGGCCGGGACCACUGCAGGAACUAGAGCGCAUGUCCGCCAGGAAAUGCGCAGGUCCUCACGCUUGAUCGAGGCUGCAUCACGGUUACACAGCAAGCUUGACCUAAACCAAUUCACCCCCCAACGCACUCUAACCGACAUAGCUAAUAGUUCCCCUUUAGUACUCUUUACUGUCGUUUCCGAAUUCAGGACUGCCAGUCGCCAAUUGACUCUAAAGAGGAUUUCUGUCCAGAAGGCAUGGGAUGUAGUUCUGGACGGCAACUCCUCAGAUCUUCCAGAAACGACCCCUGAUGGAGAAAUCACAUAUCAUGCUGACACGGUUGUUGAGGAGCCCCUGUGCCUGCUUGGGAUGGAAAAGCUUGGGUCGGGAAUAUGCGGCAUUGCCUAUGAUUCUCUACUUCUUGCCGGUACAUCUGAGGAGCCCUGCGCCAUCAAGGUUAAUGAACACGACUUUCAGUCCUUCGUGAGGGAAGUGGAAGGGUAUGAGCGGCUGCAGGGCAAAACAUUUAUUCCUAAAUGUUACGGUGGCUUUGCUGGAAUACACCAGGCGCUUGCAUGCCUUGAACAGCUGCAUGAUGAGGGGUAUCACCAGGAAGAUGUCAUGGCGAGUAAUUUUGGACUUCGCAACGGCCAAGUCGUCGUCCUUGACUUUACCCAUGUGGAACCUUGUGACACACCGAGAACUUGCGGGAACUGGGAGGUUAUGGAUCUAGGGCCCAUGCUGACACAUUGA